AUGCAGGAGAGAUUCCAGCACUUACGCGGGCUACCACUAGAAUCAUACCACAAUGUCAGUCCAAGGCUGCUUAUAGGAUUAGAUCACGCAGGCCUCGGAUAUGCUAAAGAGAGUCGAGAAGGAAAAACGAAGGAACCAAUAGCCGUUAAAACGCGCCUCGGAUGGGCCGUAUACGGAAGCUGUGUAGGAGAGGAGAAGGCCUUUCGCUAUGUGAACUAUCAUAGCCUUCAAGUAUGCCAGUGCAAUCUGGAGAUCGAUGGAGCGCUAUACAAAGCAGUAAAAAACUAUUUUACACUCGAUAGUCUCGGAAUCCAUACCCCGGGCAAGCCAAUGUUGUCAACAGAGGAUCAACGAGCACAAACGCUACUUGAAACAUUAACAAGACCAAAAAAUGGUCGUUUUGAAUCUAGCCUCUUGUGGAAGUACGAUAAUGUACGACUACCAGAUAGUGAAGGAAUGGCAUUAAGGCGAUGGCGAUGUCUAGAUAGCCGACUGCGGAAGGAUCCAAUUUUGGCAGAAAUUCUUACCACGAAAAUCGACGACCACAUCACCAAAGGUUAUAUUCGGAAAUUAACUGUUGAAGAACUGCGUUUACCUCACACAAGAGUGUGGUAUCUUCCAAUCUUCCCAGUGGAUAACCCGAACAAACCGGGUAAGACAAGGCUGGUGUGGGAUGCAGCUGCAACUGCUCACGGAAUUUCUCUAAACUCGGUACUACUAAAAGGUCCGGACCAGCUAACUUCUUUGCUAACAGUACUAAUACAAUUCCGGGAAUACAAAACGGCGGUGUGUGGAGACAUUCGUGAAAUGUACCAUCAGGUACAGAUUCGUGAGGAUGAUCAGCAUUGCCAACGAUUCUUUUGGAAAGAUAAGCCAGAAGAUCUCCAUCCCAGUGUAUAUAUUAUGAUGGUAAUGACGUUCGGUGCUAGAUGUUCGCCGAGUACUGCACAGUACAUAAAAAACCACAACGCGGAAAGAUUUCAGCAGGACUACCCAGCCGCAGUCCAUGCCAUCACGAAGCAGCACUAUGUCGACGACAUGCUUGUUAGCGUCGAAUCAGAAAAGGAAGCCUUGCAGAUAGCAAACGAUGUUAGAAUGAUCCACGCAAAAGCUGGAUUUGAGAUGAGAAAUUGGAUCUCAAACUCAGCCAAUGUACAGGCAGAAGCUAAGAACCUAAGUAUCGGCGAUGAAAAUGCCACUGAAAAGGUCCUUGGGAUGUGGUGGGACACUGUGACGGAUCAUUUCACAUACAAGCUAUCUGCACGAUAUGCUCAAGACCUCCUCUCAGGCCAUCAACGACCGACCAAGCGGGAAGUGCCUAGAAUGCUUAUGAUGAUCUUCGAUCCGUUGGGCAUCAUUGCACACUUUCUGAUGUUCCUUAAAGUCCUUUUACAGGAGAUCUGGAGAUCCGGGAUCGGCUGGGAUGACCCGAUUGAAGAUGUACACUUCGAGAAGUGGUUACUGUGGCUGUCAGUUUUACCUCAAGUUACUUCAGUCAGAAUCCCUCGGUGUUAUCGGGUUCAAACAUCUUUAGCAGCGGAUACAGAAGUACAAAUGCAUGCCUUCGUAGAUGCUAGCGAAAAUGGCUUUGCUGCGGUAAUUUAUUUACGAUUUCGUCAAGGGGAUAUUAUAGAGUGCGCGCAGGUCGGUGCCAAAACGAAAGUGGCACUUCAAAAGUUCCUCUCUAUUCCGCGAUCCGAGCUACAGGCCGCAGUGAUCGGCAUGCGCCUCGCGGAAACCAUCACUAAAUCGCUCUCAUUCGAAGUGAUAAAGCGAUUCUUUUGGACUGAUUCUAGAGAUGUGAUAUAUUGGUUGAACUCGGAUCAUCGACGAUACAGCCAAUUUGUUGCAUUUCGUGUCAGCGAGAUCCUCGAUGCAACGAAUGCAGACGAAUGGUACUGGAUUGGGACAAAACUGAAUGUUGCGGACGAGGGAACUAAGUGGAAAGGAACUCCCAAUCUCGACGCGUCUAGCCGCUGGUUUCGAGGUCCAGAGUUUCUCUGGUUUCCGGAAAGAGAAUGGCCAAAAUCUCCAAAACUCGUCGAAUCGUCAACAGUUGAAGAACUUCGUCCUCACCUGCUACUUCAUGUUGCUUCAUGUGAGCCAGUAAUCGAACCGCUGGAUUUCCCUGGAUGGAAAAUACUCUUGCGCCGAGUAGCCUACGUAUUGCGCUACAUCGGAAACCUAAAGCGAAGCGUGAAGAAGAAGAAUCUAAUUUGCGGUCCAUUGAUCAAGCAAGAGUUUGUUAAAGCCGAAUACUAUUUGUUUCGUCUCGCUCAAAGUUUUGCUUACGCCGAUGAAAUUGCUAUUCUCAUGAGGAAUCGCUCUUUGGAAGGACCAAAACGAGAAAUUUCUAGGAACAGCGCUUUGUUCAACAAGUGUGUUGUGUUAGACGAGAACGACGUCCUUCGAAUCCGUGGUAGAGCACAAAAUAGCCCAUUCAUUCUCCAUGAUGCUGCUAAUCCUAUAGUCCUACCACGAGAUCAUCACAUCACACGGCUUAUUAUUGCUGAUGUACAUAAUCGAUUCAACCACCAAAAUCAUCAGACGAUCAUCAAUGAGUUGCGACAGCGCUACAGAAUCCCUCGACUAAAGGCUACAUACAAUAACAUCCGGAGGGAGUGCCAGCAGUGCAAAAUCGACGGUGCAAAUCCUCAACCUCCUGCAAUGUGCGACCUACCGCCGCAGCGUCUGGCUGUAUUCGCUCGUCCAUUCACACACAUGGGCAUAGACUAUUUUGGUCCAAUGCUGGUAUCAGUAGGACGCCGCACGGAGAAGCGAAGGGGAAUACCAGCGGUCAUUUACAGUGAUCGAGGAACGAAUUUCCAGGGAACAAGUAAGGAACUUCAGACCGCAAUCCUAAAUCUCAACCAUGAUCAACUAGCUAAGGAAUUUACCUCAAGCCAUACUCAAUGGUACUUCAUUCCUCCCGCAUCUCCGCAUAUGGGUGGCGCUUGGGAACGUUUGAUCCGCUCCGUCAAACAGAAUCUGCACAAAAUUAAAACCAGUAGGCUGCCUACCGAUGAAGUUUUGGAAAACAUGCUGUUGGAGGUCGAAAAUAUCAUCAAUUCGCGUCCUCUGACCGACAUUCCUGUUGAUGACGAUGAAUCCCCAGUAUUGACUCCGAAUCACUUCCUCUUAGGAUCAUCGAAUGGCCUCAAGUCAUGGGUACCUUACAUUGACAAUCCAAUCGUGCUAAGGAAUAGCUGGCAACAGUCGCAGCAUAUGGCGAACGACUUCUGGCGACAGUGGCUUCGCGAUUACCUACCAACAAUUGGUGAAAUGCCCCCGGCGGUGAAUCUACCAUACUGUGACAGUGAAUUCCCUUGCGACGGAUCUUCCUCGAUACCGACGAUCGUUUUCGUGAGCUACCCGCUUCGUCGUGAUCUACUCGAUAUAAUUCCCAGCAGUGGAUCUAGCCUAAUCAUGAGCCACCCGGUAGGGUGUCAAGGUCGGCUCGAUGAUUUCAUGUGGGGAGUGACGACUGGUACAUCCGUGCUUCGACGACCCCCAACCAAUGCAUCAACGUCAACUAUGCGAACUAGUUCCAGGUGGUCUAGCCUACUCCACGGCGAUCGUUCCACUAAUAUCCUCGCGACUACUCUACUGACGAGUCUCGUCGCUCUGGAAGUAUCUCUGUGGGAGAAACCACUGAAACAUCAGUAUCAAUUCGAGCUAAUUCUGCACCAGAAGGUUGUAUCGCGGAAAAAGUUUCAGUCUUCAGCUGAUCAAAUUGUUCAUCUCGUUCAGACGAGUUUAACGGGAGAACCUCCUCCAUAUAAUCCGGCGGUCUUUUUCGAUAUCCCGAAAGGUUCUAAUUAA